AUGUGGAUAUUCCUUAUCACAGGAACUCUAAUCUGGCUCAUGGCAUGGGACCAUAUACGCAAACGACACCGAGUUACCUUCUUAAAAAGGCUUAAUAUAUCGGGGCCGCCUAUAAUCCCGAUACUUGGCAAUUUUUUCCAUGGCUUGAUCAUUACACCUGAGAAUUUUUUUCAAACUGUCGGUGACUAUUUUAAGCGAUUCGGCAAAAGCUUUGUCUUCUGGUUCGUAGGAGAAUGCGUUGUCUUCACCACGGAUCUCAAGCUUUUCGAGUGCAUUCUUAACAGCUCCACCCAGUUGGAAAAGGCACAGGUUUACCAAAUUCUCCGUCAUUUUCUGUCCGAUGGAAUUCUUAUGAGCUCGGGUAUUAAAUGGAGUGCUCGGAGAAAGCUAAUGGCUCCAGCCUUUCACUUUAAAUGCCUCGACCACUUCGUGGAGAUAAUGGACAAAAACAGUGGAGUGAUGGUGGAAAAACUGAGAAAAGUAGCUGAUGGUAAAACAUGCGUGGACAUUUUUAAGUAUGUUUGUCUGGAAUCCCUUGAUGUGAUUACAGAGGCCGCCAUGGGUGUUCAGGUGAAUGCCCAAAACGUGCCGAAUUUUCCCUAUACUAAGGCUCUCAGAAGUGUAAUCUAUAUCGAGAGCCAACGCAUAUCAAAUUUGCGGCGCUAUGACUGGCUUUUUCCGCUGGUAGCUCCUUUGGUUUACCUCCGUCUAAAAAAAGAUAUUCGCACCAUGCAAGAGUUUUCCGACAAGGUAAUUCGCGAACGCCGAGAAAUUCUGGUGCGUGAAAAGGCCAACGGAAGCUACCGACCAAUAAAUCUGGGAGAUGCUGAAAUUGGUCAAAAAUCUAAAUUGACUUUGCUGGAUAUUCUGCUGCAAGCCUCUAUCAAUAAUCAUCCCCUAAGCGAUGAGGACAUCCGUGAGGAGGUGGAUGGGUUUAUAUUUGCGGGUGAUGACACCACAACAAGUGGGGUAUCCCAUGCUCUUUAUGUCCUUUCGAGGCAUCCUGAAGUGCAGGAGCGCAUCUACGAGGAGAUAUUGGGUGUGUUGGGCGAAGAUCCCGAUUCUCCAGUGACCCAAUCCCAACUGCUGGAUCUAAAAUAUCUGGACUGUGUGAUAAAGGAGACGGUGCGUCUACACCCACCAGUUGCUCUAAUCGGAAGAUACAUCCCCAAGGACUGGCAGAUUGGGGAGCAAACCAUUCCAGGCAAUACGAACAUUAUGCUGGUGCUGUACAAUGUCCUCCGAGAUCCAGAAUACUUUCCAGAUCCCCUGACUUUCAAGCCCGAACGAUGGAUGGAUGGAGAAAAAGCUUCGCUUCCCAAAUUUGCAUAUAUUCCAUUUAGUGCAGGACCAAAGACCUGCAUGGGUCAGAAGUUUGCCAGUCUCCACAUGAAAACGCUGAUUUUUAAGGUCAUACGGCACUUCGAACUACUUCCGCUUGGAGAGGAGCUCAAGACUAGAUAUACAAUUAUAUUAAGUUCUUCCUCAGGAAUCAAUAUUGGCCUAAGGCUUAGAACAUGUUAA